AUGAACCUCAUUGCGGGCUGCUUUCAUGAUGGGGUGCUGCUGUACGCCCAGGCGCUGAAUGAGACCCUGCAAGAAGGGGGUUCUCACAAAGAUGGAAACCGGAUUGUGGAGAAGAUCAAGGAACGGAGCAUCCAGGGUGUCACGGGCACAGUCAGCAUGGACAAGAGCAAUGACCGUAACACGGACUUUGACCUGUGGGCGAUGGCUGAUCAUGAUAGUGGUCGUUUUGAGAUUGUCGGACAUUAUGAUGGAAUAAUAAAGCAAAUGAACUGGACAGGAAUUCCCAUUCUGUGGCUGGCGGGCUCUCCGCCCCUAGACAGCCCCCCCUGUGUUUUUGAUACUGAGGACCCCACAUGUGUGAAGACUCCUCUUUCCACAUUCGGGAUGGUGGCUCUUGGCGCGGGGAUCACCCUGCUUAUAUUUGGGAUGGCGAGCAUCCUUAUUCUGAGGAAGCUGAUGUUGGAGAAGGAGCUAGCCAGUAUGCUGUGGAGGAUCCGAUGGGAGGAACUGCAGUUUGGGAAUUCUGAACGAUACCACAAAUGUGCCGGGAGCCGGCUCACGCUGUCGUUAAGAGGUUCCAGCUAUGGUUCUCUGAUGACAGCCCAUGGAAAAUAUCAGAUAUUCGCCAAUACUGGACACUUUAAGGGGAAUGUGGUCGCCAUCAAACACGUCAAUAAGAAACGCAUAGAACUGACUAGACAGGUUCUUUUUGAGCUGAAACAUAUGAGAGAUGUUCAGUUCAAUCAUCUGACGCGAUUCCUAGGGGCCUGUAUCGACCCUCCAAACAUUUGUAUUGUGACAGAGUAUUGCCCCAGGGGCAGCUUGCAG